UACACACACACACACACACACACACACACACGCUCUCAUCCCUCUUGAAUCCCGGGCAGGUACUCUGAAAACUUGCAGCCCGGGCAAAAUUUGGGCUCCGGGUACAGAACGCAGAGGCCAGCAGCUUGUCCCUGAGUCUCGGCGGUGCCGCCGCCGCCGCCGCCGCCGCCACCGCCGCCGCCGCCUGACCCCGCCACCCGAGGAGGCGCGGUGCCACCCACUGCUCCGUUCGUUGCUAGAGCUGAGCUAGGCGCCCUACCGGAUCUUGGCAGAACCUUCCACUCUCUCCUUGCUUUCUGACCUCACAAGUCAGUCUCUGUCUCUGUCCCGUUCUGUCUCUCUUUGUCUCUGUCUCCCUGUCUAUCUUCUGUGUGUGUGUGUUUCUGUCUCUGUCCCUCUCUGCGUCUCUGUCUCUCCUUCCCUCCUUCUUUCCCUCCCUCCCGCUCCCUCUCUUUCCCCCUCUGGGGUGGGGGAGAGGAGGAGGAAUUCUUUCCCCGCCUAAUAUUUCAAGGGACACAAUUCACUCCAAGUCUCUUCCCUUUCCAAGCCGCUGCCGAGCGUCCCAGUACCCGCAACUCCAGAGCCUUAGCGGAGAGAGGAACCCUCUCCGCCUCCAACUCUGCCUCUCCCUCGCUUCCCGCCUCCUCUCGCUACCUCCACCUCCACCUCCACCACCCACCGCCCGCAGCGCCUCCUCCUUCCCUCCUCCUCCUCCUCUCUUCCUCCUCCCCUCUCUCUUUUUGGCAGCCGCUGGACGUCCGGUGUUGAUGGUGGCAGCGGCGGCAGCCUAAGCAGCAGCAGCUCCCGGCGCACUCCAGCUCGCCCUCUCUCGCCGCUCCUGCCCUCUCCAGCUCUCUCCAUCCCGUCUUCCAAAAGGUGCUGGGCGGAUCCGGGGCGGCGGAGGCCAAGCGGCUGCAGCGGCGGUACAGGCGGAGGCAGCGGUAGCGGCGGCAGGAGGCAGGAUGAGCGCACGCGGUGAGGGCGCCGGGCAGCCGUCCACAUCAGCCCAGGGACAACCUGCCGCCCCGGCGCCACAGAAGCGAGGACGCGGCCGACCCAGGAAGCAGCAGCAAGAGCCAACCUGUGAGCCCUCUCCUAAGAGACCCAGAGGAAGACCCAAAGGCAGCAAAAACAAGAGUCCCUCUAAAGCAGCCCAGAAGAAAGCAGAGACCAUUGGAGAAAAACGGCCAAGAGGUAGACCUAGGAAAUGGCCACAACAAGUCGUUCAGAAGAAGCCUGCUCAGGAGACUGAAGAGACAUCCUCGCAAGAGUCCGCAGAGGAGGAUUAGGGGCGGCCGACAUUGAAUUUCUACCUCAGCAUCUGUUGGAUCUUUCGAAGGGAGAAGACACUGCAGUGACCACUUAUUCUUUACUGCCACGGUCUUUCCACUUUCUGCGGGGUGGGGCAGGGGCGGGGCCGGGUGAGGGGCGGGGGCGGGGCGGGGCGGGAGAAAUCACAUAACCUUGAGAAGGACUAUAUUAAUCACUUUGUAAUCCCUUCACAGUCCCAGGUUUAGUGAAAAACUGCUGUAAACACGGGGGACACAGUUUAACAAUGCAACUUUUAAUGACUGUUUUAUUUUCCCUUAACUUACUAAUAGUUUGUGGAUCUGAUAAGUAAGGGUGUGUGGUUCAAGAAAACCUCUGUGGUGGGCUUAAUCAGUCACUACAUGCAAACCCUAAACCGGCACCCUGGUGACCGGGGGCGUUCGUAUAAGAAAAGCAUUGUGUGUGACUCUGUGUCCACUCAGAAGCCACCCCUACCAUGAUCAUAGAAAAUCUUCUGCUUAGGACACCAAAGAUGAGGACUAGGCCCUACUCUCCUUUGUGUAUAAUCUUGUAGACACUUACUUGAUGAUUUUCUUUUCUUUUCUUUUCUUUUUUUUUUUUUUUUUUUUUUUUUUUUUUUUUUGACUUUUAAUUCUGAAUGAGACAAAAUCCCGGCACACCUUUUCAUACAGCUAGCAAACCAGACUAGUUAUGCUCGUUUUUCAAAAAGGGAAGUAAAUAAUAAAUGUUGACUCCUCCGUUUAUGGACUCACACAUAGCAGGAGUGAUAAGCCCACAAGCUCUCUUUCUCUCCUCGGGAGAUCUACACAGCCGAAAGCCACUUAGAAUAAAUGAUACUUGUCAGCCUCGAAGCAUCCAAGAUAACUAGAAGAGUAAAAUGAUUCUUUUUUGGAAUUUAAUGAAAAGGUACAGUACCUGAUGAACUCACCCAAGUGAUGACAUGGGAGGAGUGAAACAGAAAUUUCUUUUGCUAUAUAAAGGACACUAUUUUAAAAUAAUAAUAAUAAUAAAAAAAAAGCUCCUGCUCGCUGUUGCUCUCUCCCUCUCCCCUCCCUUCCCUCUCUCCCUCGCCUCUCUAUAUUCUCUGUUCUUCAUUGUGUACCAGUGUCCGUGAAAGACCGCAGUACCACUUACCUCAGAUGAAGCCUGUGUGUUACUUCCAGUAACACCUUUUUGUUUUGACAUAAGAUGGCUGUCCGAGGUGCAUUAUCUUGGUUCGGACUGCCAUCUCUGCAUUCACGCUGCACUUUUAGCCAGAGAUGCAAUAAUCCCCACUACUCAAUACUACCUCUGAAUGCUACAGUGAAUUUACAGCCCUGCACUUGUUACACGCUGCUAGACACAAGCCCUGCAAGAGAAAGAAAAAACAAACAAACAAACCUUACCGGGUUGGCAUCUCAGCCACCCACAGUUCUCUGCCAUUCUUGUCUGUGCUCUUACUCUGUCUCAGCGUGGCUAUGCAUGUUUCUAUGAUUUUUUUUUUUAAUUAAAAUGUUACAAAUGCUUGUGGCAGCUUUCCCUGUUAGAUUGCUACAUUAAUUUGAAUCAAGUUACUCCUAGGUUGCUCCUAGGUUCUUAAGGAUAAUUUUUUUUUUUUGUAUCUCACACACACACACACAUACACACACACACACACACACACACACACACACACACACAUCUGUAGUGUUCAAAUAUAAGUCUCCAAGUCUGUACCUCAAAUGAAUUGUUGAAACAAAUGAACUUAUUGAUUUGCAAGGACCUACCUCCACACUUCAAAAGGAAUGAACUUGUAGCCUAUAAUGCUCUUUGAUUUCCUUCCCCCGGUGUUUAAAAGAGCUCAAACUUCACCUCUCCCUCAUCGAAACUAUUUUUUGUAAAAGACACUUGAUAGAAACACAUUUUUUUUACAUACUUUUGAAAAAAUAAGUGAAUUAAAAUCAAGCCAACCUUCAAAGAAACUUGAAACUUUGUUACAACCAGCUCAGCCUUUUGCCUAAUGCAAUCAAAAAGAAAAAGAAAAAUAGGAUUUUUAGAUUAGUUGCCUAUAAGAAUAUGCUUGACAGAUAUUUUCUCAUGUAUUUUACACAAUGUGAUUUUUGUAAAAAUGUCUCAAGCAGACUGAUUUUGAAUGCUUCUUGUGUAGAGUCUCUAUGCCUUUCUCUCCUAUUAAAUGUGCUGACUUUUCCAUGGUGUUAUCCACUGGGCCAGGAGGUAGUUUCUCACAGUGGCUUGUGUCAGUAUGACUUUUCAUACUGAAGCCAAAUGAAACAAACAAACAACCACGUCUCUCCCCGCUGUUUUCAGGGAGGUCAUUUCAAAGGCCACGUACCGCUCUGACACUGGCAGAUCGCUCACUGUUGCGAGUCGCCAAGGGAGCUACGGAGAGAUUAAAACUCAACGUGACUGUUAACUACACAUUAAGUAAGCAAACAAACAGUGGCUCAUAAAAAUCAGAUUCCCCUUCCGUAUCUUCGGAUGGGCCUUUCAGAAACCUCAUUUUGGCCAGCUCAUAAAAACUGAAGCAGUUUCUCGUGUUGGCCAGACUCGGCACACCGAGUGAUUUCCAUCUCUGAUGAAGUUAUUCUUUAUUUCCUGUAUGUUGUACAAUCAAAACACACUACUACCUCUUAAGUCCCAGUAUACCUCAUUUUUCAUACUGAAAAAAAAGAAAAAAAAGAAAAAAAGGCUUGUGUCCAAUAGAACAGUGAGAACAUCAUAAAAUUUUUAUAUAUAUAGUUUAUUUUUGUGGGAGAUAAAUUUUAUAAGACUGUUUUUUACUGUUGUUGGUCACGGCUAAGUAAGACUGGACAUCUGACUUCUCUACCAUUUCUGCAAGUUAAGUAUAUUUGCAGGAGAAACUUAUCAAGACAAUUAACUGCAGCCAACUUUCUCCCCAUUCCUUUGUGCGCCCUCUGACUUCAUUCUCUGUUCCUUGUGUAGAAUCGCUGUCUGUGAUUGUACUUUGAUGGCUUGCUUGUGGCAAUACUUCUCUAGUGGAUUAUCACUGUCUGCACAAUAAACAUAACGGCCUCUGUGGUCCCCGUG